CAUAUGCCCAGCGUCGUGAAAUUGAAACUACUGAAGAAGCUAAACACUAUAGAAGUGCUCAAAGACAAGCCCAUGCCUGCCAUCGUGAAGACAAAACUAAUAAACAAACUGAUUUAUAUAUAAAAAAAUGA